AUGCAUCCACAUGUUUCGUCGAAUUCGGUCAGCAUUCGUUCCGUGGCGAUGCUAGGUGUUACCAGUACGAUGUCAUCAGCAAAGCGCAAAUGGUGUGUGGACCAUCAACUUCCCCUGUCGUCCCAUUCCAACUUUCGCAUUGCGUUCUCGAGGGUGGCUGUGAAUAUUUUGGGUGAAAUUGUAUCCCCUCUUCACGUCAAUGAUGAUGUUCUUGUAGAAUGGCGAGAUUCCGGUCGUGAAGUUACUGUACAACUCUCGAAGUACCUUUAUAUAUUGAGUAGGGACGCCUUGGUUGUCCAAGGCUUCCACGACCGCUUCGUCCAACCGAGUCGAAAGCCUUCUUUAAGUGAUGAAGGUGAGACAGAGCGGCAUCUUGUACUCGUGAUACCUCGAUGA